CGAGACGCACUUGAGUGCGGACGUGUGGUGCGCUUGGUCCUGCGAUUUCCGAUUUCCUGCUGAGUUCUGCGGCGACGUCGCAUAUUUCGUGCCUUCCGGAGCGUGGAUCCCCUGGAUUUUUGCGGUCGUUGUGCAAGUGCUCGGCAGUCACGUACAGCCGUUGCAACAAAAAUUCGAAAAAGUAUAAAAAACUGACGAACAACAACCGCCAGAAGUAACCAAAUCAAUGUGGCAAAUAGUGUACUUUCGAUGCGCGCUCGUUGAUUGAUUAACACAUCACCUCCUACACAUAUAUACAGAGUACUUGGUACUGUACUCAGUACUUAUUACUUCCCUGUGGGUGCAAUCCGCUGGAAUUGUAAACUUCGCGGUGUGCAUCAUCAGCGGAGAACGUUAAAAAAAAAAGAAGUUAAAAGUGCCGCGGUUGCAUUGUUUUGACUUUGAUCGUGUGUCGUGCGCGUGCGUGUUGUAACUUUUGAUUAGCUCCGGUCGGUCUUGGAUUCGGAUUCGGAUUGGGACUAAGAUUUGGAUCUUCCAGUGCGCCUGCAUUUUUCGUAACUUAUCACCGCCCACAUCUAGCUCUGGCAUUCGCCAUUGCAGCUCGUUCUCUUUCUUCAGAGACAACUAUUCGCCAGCUGAGAUGUGCGUCCAAUUUGUGGCAAAAUUAAUUAUAUAAUUUCGAAAUCCCCGCUAAAAUCAAUUGCACAAAAGAAGAGAAAGAGAGGCGCUUGAAUAGACACGCCAAGCGGUGCUAAUGCGAAAGAAAACUCCCCGACAAUCGCCAGAAAUUGUAAAGAAAUAAAUAAUACAAAAUGUCCAUAAAUAAUACAAGACAUUCGCCAUUCGGACUCGGAGGCGCCCUGCUGCUGCUCGCCGCCUGGUGCUUCUGCCACCUGGGAUACUUCGGAUCGGAGGCCCAUGUGGCCCUCACCUAUCCACCUGCCCGCAAAUUCGAUCUGGACUUUCUGGACAAUGCGCGGACGAAGGCGCCGUGUGGCAUGCCCAAAGGCUCCAUCCGCACAUCGCUGCUCUCCGGCACGCAGUUCAACGUCACCUGGCAUUUGGCCUAUGCGCACAAGGGCGGUUUUCGGUUGCAACUACUGGAUGCUCUUGAUCGACCUGUCUUGGACCUAACGCCCCAUGUGAAUAAUUCGGAGUUUGUGAGCACUGAAGUCACUGCCCAGUCCUACCAGGUGAAGAUCCCUAACGACUUCGAGUGCUUCAACUGCACCCUUAGGCUGCUUCGCCAGGCGGAUGAGUGGUCCACCAGCUAUCGCUUCUGGUCCUGUGCCGAUGUGGACAUCAAGCUGCGCAAGGACUUCAAGGAGACCUGUUCCGGAAAUGGCAAGUACUUCCCCUCGCGAUGCAAGUGCGAAAAGAACUUCUAUGGCCCGCAGUGCCAGUACAAGGACGAGUGCUCCGCGGACGCCGAUUGCGGUGUCCAGGGCAAGUGCGUGGAUCUGGGUGGCAGCUCGCUGCCCCGACAGCAGUGCUACUGCAACUUUGGAUGGUUCGGAAUUGGAUGCAACAAGCGAUCGCCCUACAAGACCACCAGCCUCGACCUCUCCUCGUACUCGAAGAAGGAACUGUCGCCCGACUACCACGUCUACUGGAGGCUGCUUGAGGAGCAGAAGGAGAUAGAGAUGGUUCUGAGGGUCAACAGCACAUCCUGGGUGGGAUUCGGAUGGAGGCCGCGUGGUAUGACACCGGAGUGCAAGAACUUCCCGUUGGUAAGGGACAUUGGGGAUCUGACCACGACGUUGGAAGCCUCUGCUCCGGAACCCAAGAGCGAACCAGAACCUAAAAGCGAACCGGAGCCCAAAAGCGAGCCGGAACCUAAGAGUGAACCGGAGCCCAAGAGCGAACCAGAGCCCAAGAGCGAACCUGAGCCCAAAAGCGAGCCAGAGCCCAAGAGCGAACCGGAACCUAGAAGCGAGCCAGAACCUAAGAGCGAACCGGAGCCCAGGAGCGAACCAGAGCCCAAAAGCGAACCGGAACCUAAGAGCGAACCAGAGCCCAAGAGCGAACCGGAGCCUACUAGUGAACCAGAACCUAAGAGUGAACCGGAGCCCAAGAGCGAACCGGAACCCAAGAGCGAACCGGAACCCAAGAGCGAACCAGAGCCCAAGAGCGAACCAGAACCUAAGAGCGAACCGGAGCCCACUAGCGAACCAGAACCUAAGAGCGCACCGGAGCCCCUUAGCGAACCAGAACCUAAAAGCGAACCGGAACCCACUACCGAACCGGAACCUAAGAGCGAACCGGAGCCCACUAGCGAACCGGAACCUAAGAGCGAACCAGAGCCCAAGAGCGAACCGGAACCCAAGAGCGAACCGGAACCCAAGAGCGAACCAGAGCCAAAGAGUGAACCGGAAACGCAGGGCGUCAAAACCAAAAGAGUUGCUGGGGACUUUGCCCAACAGCAGGGCGUCUCCUCCGUUUCCACUAGUGUUUCCUAUCGCGUCAGCACCAAGGCGGAUCGUCAGCGCCGUGAGGCAGAGUCACCCAAAUACCGACUCAAUCCGUAUACACCACGUCAUGACUUCAACGGAAUGGACUGCACGGACAUCGUGAUCGGAGCAGCUCGGGGAUUGGCCAGCAGGGUGGGUGACUACUACAGCCGUGAUAGAUCCACGCCUCGCACCGAUGAAUUCUUUGGCGGCAAAUCAAAUCUGGCUUUGGGCACGGGCUUUGAGGAGAACGGUGUGACCACCAUCAUUUUCCGUAAGAAACUGGUGGCCAAUGAGCCCACCGACCACACCCUGGAUGAUGCCCUCACCCAUGUCAUUUGGGCCAAGGGACAGGAGACACAGUCCUCAACAGUCAAGAACUUCUAUCUGCCGGAUGAGGUGAAAUACCAUGGCGGUCAAAUGCAACGAGGCGUAACCCAAAUCAAUUUCUUUGAAAAAGAAAAGUCAGCGACAAGCACGGACCGCAAUGACCUGGGCACCAAUGUCCUGGACAACGAUUGCUUUGGCCACUGGAAGUAUCCCUCUAGCUGCUCUCCCCAGGAGCACACCUGCGAGUACUACGCCAGCUGGGAGACGGUCGGAAAGGGUGACGAGAUGCGUUGGCACAUCGAGACGUCGAACACGCAGACCUGGACGGGAAUCGGCUUCAGCGAUGACCAGAGGAUGUCCCAGACGGAUGCCAUCAUUGGCUGGGUGGACAGUCGCAGCGGAAGACCCUUCCUCAUGGACACCUGGGUGCUGGGCUAUGCACCGCCGAAGCUGGAUGAUCGCCAGGACAUCUACAAUGCCUCCGGACGCAUCGAGAAGGGGGUGACCAUACUGGAGUUCAACCGCAAGCGGGUCAGCAAUGAUGAACAGGAUCUGUCCUUCACGGACGACCACUGCCUGUACCUGUUCUUCCCGGUCCUCGGAGGUGCCUUCAAUGUGGUGAACAAGAAGAUACGCAAGCACGAGCAAGUGCCUCCAAUCUCUUCGCAACGUGUCUGCAUCAAAUCCUGCGGCAAGGAACUCGAGUCCGUUUUUGUGGGCACCAGCACUCCGGCGCCCAGCCGCCUGGUCUACGCAGUGGCCGUAAAGCUGAUGAAUCUGGGCGAAUCCUAUGAAGCUCCAAAACCGGGAACUGUAGAGUUCAACAAUCUGGCUGCUACUAUAUCGGAUUCAUUCAAUGGCAUUCUCAGUUCUCAGACUGGGUAUUAUAAAACCGAGAUUCUUGGAUUUGAAAAGGAGGGCAGCACCAUGGUGGCCAAGGUUCAGACCAUGUUCGAUAAGGGGGAUGUUGAGAAGAAGCACGAUUUGGAGACCAACGAGGUGGACAAAACCAGUGAGGCAGCAGCUCAGAAGAACGCCGAUAAGAUCCGAUCGGCUCUGAAGGAUCAGAUAGCCACGGGACGAGUGGGUUCUCUGACGGUGGAUCCCCAAUAUCUGGACUUUGAGGCUUUGGAAUACAAAAGCACCUCUGAGCCCAAUGCCAAGGAGACUCUACUCUCCUUCUUCGAUCUUUCCGAGACUCGUUUAUACAUCGUCCUGGGCUUGAUUGCAGCCCUGGUGCUUAUCGCUUUAAUCCAGGCAUUCUGCACCAUUUGGAAAUCAUCCCGAAAGAGCAAAAAUACCAAGGAGAAACUCAUCAAGAACUCACCCUGGAAGGAGUUCGCCUCGAACACCAACUACGCCUUUGAUCCCUAUGGCGAGACGGAGGAGAAGAACAUCAGCAGCAGCAAUACGGCGGCCAAGGAGAAGGCCCGCCACCGCCAUCAGUCGACCACGAGUAGCCAGCAGACGACGCUGCCCAUGUCCCAUUCCCCGACCAGCAAAUCCCAGAUGUACUACGAGAGUCCCAAUGGCCAGGGAACCAAGAAUGGAACCAACGGACGUGCCACUCAGGAGAGCAGCGUGGGAGGAGGUGCAAAUGGAGGAGGUGGAGGUGGUGGAGCACCCUACUCCAGGAGUUCCUAUGCGGAGCGAGCCUACUCCCUGCCCCGUCAGGCGCACCACUACCAGCAGAGCCCGGCCAGCAUGCAGCCCUCGGGUUACUAUACCCAUGACAGGCGUGCCGCUCGCCAGGGCAGCCGGGACAGGGAGCGGGAGCGGGAGAGGGAGCGGGAGGAGGAGCGUCGCCAUCGCCAGGAUCGCGAUCGGGACUCUGGCUACGAUCGGUCGCGAGAUGAUCCGCGACAGAACGGAGGAUCGGACACACCGGACUUCUACUUCAUGCCCUCGCAACGCAAGUAUUCCGGGGAGGUGGUUCGCGUCUACGUGGACUACAACAAGGAUCCGAAGCACUAAAGCUCAAAACACAUCUGUCUAUUUAACGCUCGUUUUAAGUUCUACCAUUCUGUACUCCGUCCCUCCGUUUGAAGUCCGUUUCAGGGCCACGCAGAGAAAAAAUUAUUUAGCUUGGGGUCAAUCUGAUAUUUUCGGUUUUCAAGAUCAUCCUUUUAGGGCCAAUUUCUUAAUGUCGGGUUAACUUUUGUCACUGAGUUAAGCAGGUGAUUAUCAUGUUGUAAUGAAUAUCAAAAUAUCUUAACUAGAGGCAAUGGUUUUGCUUGAACUACCUAGCUCUUUAAAGAUUUUUACUUCAUAAUAUUCACAUUAAAUUGUUAAAAUGAAAUGGUCUUACCGAGCAGUUUAAGUUCAUGUUAAUAUUCACUGACAGAUCCUUAACAAAACAUUUAGAAAUCGGCUCUAACUAGAAGCAAUUGAUUUGCUUGAACUACCUAGCUCUUUAAAGAUUUGUACUUCAUAAUAUUCACAUUAAAUUGUUAAAAUGAAAUGGUCUUACCGAGCAGUUUAAGUUCAUGUUAAUAUUCACUGACAGAACCUUAACACAACAUUGAGAAACCGACUCUUAAAGGUUAUUUUUUAUAACAUCAACAUGUUCUCAAACAAUUCCAAUAUACAGAAAUAAAAUCAUAUAUUCUUCGGUAGAGAAGAAAAUGGUUUCCACGAAUCGAUAAGAAAAAAUCAAAUUGACCUCCAUACAAGUCUUAUCUGUGCCCUUUAGUUUCCUCUGAGCUCUCCUUAGUUUCGAUUUUGCCAUAACGCAGUUUCGCUGCAGCGGCGUUUCCAGGUGCGCAAGCUUUACCACAAAACGCACAAUGCAUGAUUCCACAACUUAGUGAAUUGUAAAUAUUUUGAAUAGACAUUAAAGCUCUUGCUACACGAAACAAAACAAAGCCACACACAAAUCACACAGAAUUAUAAAGCAAACUUUGCGAUUAGGUACGUGCAUUCAGAAUGUUUUCGCAUUGUCUUAUCUUAAAUGUGCAAAGAAACAUAGUCACUGUAUUUAAUCAAAUUAAAGAUACGCAUUAAGUAUACAUAAAUAAAGUUAAGUACAUUAAAAAAAA